AUGAACAACUCAAGUACAGAAGAAUUGAAUCGAAAAUCCCCCAUUGGUGGCUCAUCGUAUUCCGAAACUCGAUCAACUUCCCCAAACACCUCACUAUCGAAUUUGGAAUGGCCCGAACUCGGUCAAAGUUCUAGGAGAAAUUCCCACAUAAGUACUUCAACCCAAAAUUCAUUGACCAAUAGACAAAAUACACCUAUCAGUUCUCCUUGGGAUUCACCACGGUCGACCUCUUCUACCAAAUCUUCUCCUUUACACCCAAAACCUAAUAAACCCUCAUUUGCUUCCGUGGCUUUUAUAAACAAUGAAAGAGGGGAUGGACAAGUGGCACCACCUCAAUCUGGAUCAAUAUCUCCCACCUCAAAUCACAAUACUAACAACAACAAUCCUUCACCUCAAUCUAGUACACGAUCUCCCACCAACAACAGCCCCCCUUUACAUCCCACCAAUAACAGACCUCCCUCUCCUCAAUCUAGUGUACAAUCUCCCACCAACAACAAUCCUCCUUCACCUCAACUUGGUACAGCAUCUCCCACCAAUAAUAGAUCUCCUUCGCCUCAAUCCCCCAUCAAUAAUAGACCUUCAUCCCACGGGUCUACCACGUCACAUGUCUCUAACAUCCGCAACAAUAAACCUUCUUCUCAAUCUUCCCCUCAAUCUUGGCCAAGACCUCCAGCCAAUCCCCAAAGUCACCUCAAACCCAUUUCUGCAUCAGGGAACAAAAAACCAGAAACAGUUGACAUAAACGAAGAUGAUGUUACGAACAGGCAACAAACCAAUCCGACUGAAGAUCAGGAGCUGAGGGAGUUUUCAGAAAAUUUGCUUCGAAAGGAGAUAAACAGUGCAAUGAAUACAAUAACUGUCAACUACCAAGGUCAAACGACAUCCAGAUCUUUGAAAGAUGAAGCUCCAUUACCAUUGAUAGCAGUUACAAAUGGAACAUUCAAAAUAGCAACUAUUGAACUUCUAAGACCGCUAUACGAUAAUUACAUUUUGGAAACAGCACAAAACGAACACGUUACACCAAUGGAAAGAGAAGAAGAAAACAAACUAUUGGACGCGGUUGUCAACACUCAAGUUAUGAGAUUUACAAGGAACUUCUUGAUCGAUAAAGGGAAAAUUGGAAAAGAUCCGAAAGAGUUCAGAGAUUAUUUGAAACAAAUCUGGUUUACAAUGUACUCCAGGGGCAAAGGUAAAAUUGGAUCAAGUGGUUUCGAACAUGUGUUUCUAACAGAAAUAAGAGACAGUCAGAUUUCCGGAUUACACAAUUGGCUGUACUUCUACGAAGAAGAAUCCAGAGGAAACGCCGACUAUUUAGGAUAUAUGAGGAAAAUUGAAUUUGGAAAUAAAGGAUCAAUUUUGAAAUUCCACUUUAAAUUCCGUAACAUAGACAAGCCUGUUGGCAGUAUGUUCAUUGGUACGAGUCCCGAAUUCGAAAUGGCCCUUUAUACGACAUGUUUUGCCCUAAGGGCGAAUCGCAUCUGCCCUCUACAACUAGACGGGAAGAGGUUCAUAAUAAGGACGUACAGCAUGCGGUACAGAGGAAAGGAGAACAUUGGAAGUGCUUUUCCAGAAAUUUAAGGAUUAUUACAUAAUGAUAAUUCCCUGCAUCAAUUUUUAUUCUACUAUGGAAUAAAAUAUAGAUUUUUUUUCACAUUUGGAAUACCUAUCUGUAUGUGUAAACUGUAACUAACUUAAGUUACUAAUUAGGUACCUAAGUACAAUU